AUGUAUAUUAAAAUUCGAAUCUUCGGAGAUGACAGCAGAAAACCACUUUUUCAUGGAAGGCGGAGAAAGCUAUACAAAUCACGGCAUCACAUUCAUAUUGAAAUCACUGUUGAAUCUGCUUCUUUGAGUUUGUCCAACCGAUGCUCCUCCAGAAGGCAGCCUGGUAGGGGCUUCUAUUGCCAUCAGCACAUCAUCCUCCUCCUCCAUGAGUGGGUCAUAUCCACUUGUAUCUACUGGUUGCUCAGUAAGAUCGUUAAAAGACCCUGCUUCUUUCGCCGUCAGCAUAUCGGACGACUUCUUGCUGCGAGCAUUCUGCACGUCCAGAUCGACGGGAGUGAAGGUACUGAACGCAUGCGCAAUAGCCAGGGGUUCGCUGAAACGAGGAAAGUAUAUUUUCCAUUUUCGAAAGAGAUGUGCCAUAUGAGGCAACAUCAGUGACCUAAACUUGGUGGGGCUUCUUGCUUCCUUUGGCGAUCUGGCUACACGAGCAACCAGUUCAUCCAUCUCUUCCACACUGAAUCCACUGAACGCAUUCGCAAUAGCCAUGGAUUGGCUAGUGUUGCUGUGAGUCCUUGCGUCCUUUCUCAUGCCCAUAUCAUGCGAAUUGGGGCUACGAGCAGUCCGGAUAUCCAGAUCAACAACAUUGGAGCCACUAAACGCAUUCGCAAUAGCCACCGAUUCGCUAGACUUGCUGCUGGCCUUUGCGUCUUUUGCCGUAGUCACAUCAGGCGACUUGCGGCGGCGGGAUUUCUGCACAGCCGAAACAACAACACUGGAGCCACUGAACGCAUCCGCAAUAGCCAAUGA